AUGAUCGGUGGGUUGGGCUGCUCUGUGCGAACGGAGCGUUAUAAAGAGUUUUUAAUGUCCGCCAUGUUGGCCAUGGCGUACUCAACCACCGAUAGACAGCGAAGCCUCUGAAAAAAUAGACCGAAAGAGAGCGACCAAGAUCCGGGCCUUCCCGGCUCCGUUCAACGCCCUAAGUAUAGCUUUCAACCAGUCGAACCGUAGAUUUCUGAAAAACAACAGAGUCAUCCAUGAAAGCGCAACUGGAGACCGUUGUGAAUUUUAGGAGAUCGGAUAGAUUUAUGUUGCAUCUCGAAUUAUAAAAAAUGAGUAAAUUGUCGUUUCGGGCACGGGCGCUGGACGCGUCCAAGCCACUACCCGUCUUCCGAUGUGAGGAUUUACCAGACCUGCACGAAUAUGCAUCUAUUAACCGGGCAGUGCCGCAGAUGCCGACGGGGAUGGAAAAAGAAGAGGAAUCGGAACACCAUCUCCAGAGGGCCAUGUCGGCUCAGUCGGUGUAUGGAGAGAAACACAACAUGGUCAUCCCUGUCCCGGAGGCAGACGGCAACAUUGCCUACUACGAGUCCCUCUACCCCGGAGAGUUCAAGAUGCCAAAGCAGCUUAUUCACAUACAGCCUUUCACCCUGGACACAGAGCAGCCGGACUAUGACCUGGACACAGAAGACGAGGUGUUUGUGAACAAGCUAAAGAAGAAGAUGGAGAUCACCUUCCUGCAGUUUGAGGAGAUGGUCGACCGUCUGGAGAAAGGCAGUGGGCAGCAGGCGGUGAGCCUGCAGGAGGCCAAGCUGCUGUUGAAGGAGGAUGACGAGCUGAUCAAGGAAGUGUUUGACUAUUGGACCAGGAAGAGGAAAAUCGGCAAGCACGGCACGCUGCACCCCACUGUGAAGCAGGAGAAGAGGGACGGCUCCAGCACCUCAGACCCCUACGUGGCCUUUCGCAGAAGGACGGAGAAGAUGCAGACCAGAAAGAACCGUAAGAACGAGGAGGCUGGGUAUGAGAAGAUGCUGAAACUGCGGCGGGACCUGAGCCGAGCCGUCACCAUCCUGGAGAUGAUCAAGAGGAGGGAGAAGAGCAAGAGAGAGCUGCUGCACCUCACCCUGGAGAUCGUAGAGAAGAGGAACGUUAUGUCGGACUUCGGUGGUGAGAUCAUGGCUGAAGUGCUGGCCCAGCGAGCUCUGGCCAAGCCUGCCCAUAUUAUUCCCCUGGCGCCGCUGACCAACAGCAACCAGUACAGACAUCAGGACCACAUGGACCUCAAGGAGUACAAGUCCAAGCCGGAGAAGACUGAGGUCGUCAGGCAGAAGAGGAAGUAUGAGAGGAAGCCUAAAGUCUUACCCCUGUCAGCUGCUGCCCCUCACUACUCUGGCCCCUCUGUGUUCAACGCUAAGGACGUCCACCAGUAUGACUUCCCCAGUUCAGAUGAUGAGCUGCACUCCCAGAUGCACUCCGGCUCCUCAGAAGCUGAGGAGGAGAAUGACCCCGAUGGUUCCUUUUCAUUCCGAAGGAAAGCAGGCUGUCAAUAUUAUGCUUCUCGAUUGGACCACUGCGGCAGCUGGCCGUGGGUCAGUCCGUCAGAGGGAGGUCUGGGAGACACUCGUUACCGCUACUGCCUCACCACUCUCACCGUGCCACCACGCUGCCUUGGCAUGGCACGACGACGCCUGGGACGGGGGGGCAGGGUUUUGCUGGACAGGGCGCACACAGACUUUGACAAUGUAUUUCAUGGGCUGGACUCUGAAAUGCUUGACCUGCCUGCCCACUCUCCAGUCACAGACAAGUUUGCUAGUACCUCACAAACAAAUACCUCGGACAGAACCUCUUCUUAUUCUUCCUCUUCUGCGGACCUCAGUCGGAUACUGUUGAACAUUAAGUCGAGCCGAUGGAGGCACUUUAGGCCCCGGACACUAUCACUACACGACGAGGACAACACAGUCACAGAUCCUUUGUUCAGGAGGCUGGGCAGGGGCCAGAGUCGCAUCACCGCUACCCUGGCUGGCACCACUGGCCCCCUGAGAGGAGCUGGCCACACGGCCCCCACAGCUGCUUUCACCGCCCAACAAUACCAGCAGCAUCAGGAGCAGCUGGCCUUGAUGCAGAAACAGCAGCUUGAACAGAUCCAACAGCAGCAACAAGCCAACAGCGCCUCCUCCACUGCCAACAGCACACAGCUUUUGGUCUCCAAGAUGUUAGAUUCUGCCAGUGCCCAGUUUGCUGCAACUGCCCUGGUGACCACAGACCAGCUGCUGGCCUUGAAGACUAAGGAUGAGGAAGGGCCGGGUUGUGGGGUCAACGGGGUCCUUUCACCCUCAGGUGUCUACAAGGGCUUGCACCUCACUAGCACAGCAUCUCUGUCGCCUGCUGCCCCCACCUCCACCCCUAGCCCUCUGACCACCACUACCCCCUCCUCCCCCUUCCUCUUGCCCAGCACUUUCAACAACGGCACCCCCCACACCAAUGCUGCCAAGUCCACUGCCACUCAGGUCCUGAUGGGGAACAACAACAACCUCCAUCUGAGCAUGUCCUCACUCGGGGGUCCUGCUGGGGGGGCCCUCACCAAGCGCCACAUACCCCGGACACUAAGCCACGCCCACGUCGCUGUGUCGUCAUCUGCCUUAAAGCUGGCCGCUAACUGUCAAAUGCCCAAGGUCUCCACAAACACCCCGUCAAUGGACAUUGUGCCAAGGGAUAAUCAGGAUCAAGACAAGCCAGCACUAAACAGCAUAUCGGACAACACAGUGGCCAUGGAGGUCACGUAGCCUCCAAACACAGGCAGGACUAAGGGCUCAGCCGGGAACUAAUUUAGGUGCUAUGCAUCGUAGAGUUGUGAAUGCAAGGAAGGGGCAGUGGUAUGCGCACACACAGCAUGCAACACUGUCUCCAUGGCAACUAUUGGGACUUAAUUGCAAUGCUUGUCUUUUUCUUUAUUUUUUUUUUACUGUUAAGAAAUAUCAACGUCUGUAAAUUAUGAAUUUGGCAAUUGUAUGUACAGUAGUGCAUAUUUGUAAUACCCUACCACCCUUGUAUAUAACAUUACUUGAAUACAGAAAUUGUUCAUUUGUGAUGUUUUGCACUUGGGAUUAAACAUUUUCAAAAGACAAACUGCAAGUGGUGUGAGGAGUUGUACAACCGUGUCGUCACGUCAGUGCAUGGUGUGGAACCUGCUGUUAUCUAUUUAUUGUGCAGUGUUUAGGGGGAAAAAUUCAGUUUGUUUUUGUUUUAAUUGUUAUUUUUUUGUAAACUCUUCCCUCAUUGCUUCCCGUGCUGUAGUCGAUGUGUUUAGGUAGCUAUGAACUUCUCUGUAUUUUGUGUAUUGUGAACAUAACCAGGCAGUCCUCUCACAGAUUCCUGGUUGUUGGUUCAUUGUAUCAUGGAAACAAAUGGUGACAUGUAUUCAUACAGAGUUGGUGGCUGUGGAUUUAAGGCCACUCAGGUCCUGAUGUCAGUCGGUGGGUAAUCGGUUGCUUAAGAACUUCCAUUUUGAAUUGUUUUUGAGACAAGUAACAAAAUGAGGAUGAAGUUUCUUCUCAGAAGUCACUGCUGUCUGACUUAUCUAAGCACUAGUUUGUUUGGGUUAAUGCUGCUUUUAUGAUUUAGCUCUGGUUUGUUGUCGGAUUACCUGUUUAAGAUGCCUUCCCCAAUUAUUUUGUGAUUUUUUUUUUUAUAUUUUUGUAAACCCCCCCCCCCCCCCCCCCCCCCUUCCGUUUUUUUGAUAAUGAUUGUAUGCUCCUUAAUGAAACUUCAUUAUUUUGUUACUUGUUGAUGAAAUAUAAGGGAGACGAAUGCAGUAACUGUUUGACUACAUGUAUCAUUCCAGUUUAUACAUAACGAAAAAUGUAUAAAAAUAAAUUUCUUUGCUUUUAGAAUAAUUAUCCUGAAGGCUGCCAGGCCGAGGUAAACAACACGUAUCGGGUGCCUUCCUCUUGGAAAUACAAGCUCUCUUCUGUGAAGAGUACCGUACUUAGCAAGGCUACUGGUUAGUUUUUGUACCACAAUCUGAAUGCCCAUUCCAAUGGCAUCAUCAUUGAUCCAUGAGGUUUUUUCUUUGAGACCCUCUAAAUGAACGAGAAAAUCCUCACAAAUAAAACCCAGGGCAUUGUUUGGACCA